AUGCCCGUCCCUCUGUACUGGCGCCAAUUCACACGAAAUGGCAGUCCUGAUGUUGACACCCAAGCUGACGCUGCCUUCUUGGCCGCCAAUUUCACCGACCACUUUGGACAGUGGCUACAACAAGGGGACAACGGUUUAGCUCGGUCAUUUGAUGCUCUUGUCAUGCCCUACUGGGACGGAAGCUUCAUCCAGGCCGGCCAGACGCCAGACUGGUCUUGGUUCAAUCCCCACAUACGUCUGGUGACGUUGGUCUGCCAAGCCAGCCAAUCUUUCUUCGCUCCGUCCCCAACACAGUGGACGCUGUGCAUCGUGGGGUCAAGCUUGCUGUAUUCUGAGGACCGACAUGACUCGUUCCUCCAGGUGGCCUCUUGGAAUGGCUCAGAAUUCAGAUUUUAUCAGAACGAUCUUGUCAAUGGCACCGGUUCAGGAUCGUUCUGGAACUACUUUGGAAAAUCUAUGGAUGCCUUUGGGGCGAGUGAAUAUCUCGGUCCCUUCAACGGCCAUGUCAACGGCGCCUGCAUCAUGAAGGAAAUGCACAGCCCCUGGCUCCACUGGUACCGUCUCUCGGGUUCCUUCCGGUCGUGCUUUAGUCCGGACAACAUCGCGACGUUUGAGAAGGCCCCCUACCUCACUACACCCGGACUGGGGAUUUUGUCGAGCGCCAACGGCAGUCCCAACGAGCUGGAGUCUGCCGUGAAAUCAGGCAUUUCCAACUGGACUGUCAAGAGGCUGAAAACCGACUUCAUCGAUACGACGCAAAGUCCUUCAAAGCCGCUGCAGAGCCCAACCCACAUCCCACGCUGGACGGCCCAUAUGUUCUUGACAACAACCAUCAACAUCGGGGCGGCAGUCUCGACAUCUGACCCAGGCGUGUAUGCCUUGCCAUACGACCACUUUUACGACAAUGAACUGCUCCAGAACUUUGACUUGAUUCCCUCGGAUAUGAAAAUGAAUGCGACGUUCAAUGAGAGCGACUACAACACGGCAGCAAAGAAUCUUGGGCUCUCACUGAUCCAGGAACUGGACCCCGAAAAACACCCAACCGUCAAACCUGAUUUGACGCUGCCGUGGCAGUCUCUUGGGGGAGACAGGCGAGAUGAGCCCGACUACCCGGACAUAGGGUAUAAAAUAGCUCUUGAAGGCGAGGGAGUGUCGCCGUUCAACUUCCUGCAGGCUUCGUACGAGGACGCACAAGGCGUAGUCAAGUCCCAGAGAAUCAUCAAAGUCAACAACAACAAUCGUCAGCCGUCUUAUGUCGGCCUUUUCUCCCAACACACAUUCUACGCCAUCAUGAUGCUCGACUUUUGGAAUCCCAUCUACUCCUGGAAGCGCGGCAUAUUGAUGGGGUACGUUCCACAAACGACCAGCUACAACGGGGAGAAAUACGACCUGGAAGCAAACUUCAUCGCCAAUGUCAUCAAAUCGCCGUAUGCCAGCAAGCUCGAUUCCUCCGAGUAUCAAUUCCUGCAGCUGCUCAACAAAACGCUGCCGGACUUCCAGCAAAUGAUUCGAGACUACCUCACCGCUAUCGCCAACCGCAUCAAGAAUGAGCCGGUGCAGGCCCUCCAGGACUAUCUCAAGCUGGCCGAGUCGCGCAGACGCAUAUACCGACCUCUGCCCUUGGACGAGUUUGGCUACAGUCUGCCGUUCGCGACCAAGGUCCCCUUCACUCCCGGUAAAGACUUGCUGGAGAUGACGCCGCAGGGGACGAUUCAGGUGAUGGAUCAGCGGGGCCAAGAUUUCCUGAACGCGUGGACCACUUCCCUCGCCGAGCCGGAUCCCCACGUGGUUCCAACUCUGGAUGAAGGGCAGAACCGUAGCAACGAGCCAGCGGCGCCGGCGCUGGCCAUCGCCGCUCUUCCGAGACCCGCGAGACUCGCCAUUCCGUGCCAGCGUCUGACAGGUCGAGCCUCAUCCCCCUCAUCUUUACGUACAAGCCGCCGUUCCCGCCGCGCCGGAGGGGGCUGCCCCUUCAGGAACCAGGGCAUCGCACAACCUCCGUCUGCAAGCUGA